AUGACAGAGGCGGAGGAAGUACAUUGGAAACAGAGAUCCCGAUCCAACUGGCACAGCCUGGGCGACAGAAAUUCAAAGUACUUCCAUGCCUUCGCUAGUAAACAAAAAAAGAAUAACACUAUCUCUAGCUUCACUGAUAAGUACGGCUCGGAGGUGAAGAAGGCUGAAGAAAUGGCAGCUGUUAUCCAUGAGUAUUUUGUUGAGCUCUUCGCUUCUAAUGGGGCUGAUCCGGUUCAGAUCGACAAAGUUACUAACAGUGGCUCUCCGUACCUUGGAGAAUCGUCUAUUGGGGAGCUUGAUAAGAUGUUUACAGAGAGCGAGAUUCGAAAGGCGAUAUUCCAGAUUUACUCUCAUAAGGCACCAGGUCCCGAUGGAUACCUCCCGCUCUUUUCCAACGAUUCUAAGGUCUUGGCCAAUCGACUUCGCACUAUUCUGAAUUCGGUGAUUGAUGACUAUCAAUGCGCCUUCAUCCCGGAGAGGCUUAUUUCUGACAACAUCAUACUUGGAUACGAGUGUAUGCAUUGGAUCCGCGGAAAGAAAAAUGGCAAAGAGGGGGUUGCGACUGCUAAACUCGAUAUGAGUAAAGCUUAUGACAGGGUCAAGUGGCGGUUUUUGAGGGCAAUGAUGGUAGUUAUGCGGUUUUCCCUACCGAUCAUCAACCUGGUUAUGCAAUGUAUCUCUAUGGUGGUCUUCUCAUUCGUGAUUAAUCACAAAGUCUAUGGUAAUCUAAUCAUGUCUAGAGGACUCAGGCAAGGUUGCCCCCUAUCCUCGUUCCUCUUUGUUAUCUGUGCCCAGGGCUUCUCAUCCCUUAUUAGGAGCUACGAAAACCAAGGGUUGUUUAAUGGGAUUACUAUGGCUCGCUAUUGUCUGUCUAUUACUAAUCUAUUUUUUGCAGACGAUAGCUUGGUCUUUUUCAAAGCAACAAAGGAGACAGCCACAAACUUUAAGGUGAUUCUGGAAGAUUAUGGCAGAGCGUCGGGCCAAGUUAUCAAUUUCGACAAGCCAGCGAUAACUUUCAGCCCAAACACUAAGACGAAGGAUAUCGGACAAGUCACAGAAACUUUGGGAAUAAAGGAAACUCAAGGCCAUUCAAUGUAUCUUGGCCUCCCUACUUUUGUGGUCAAGAAGAAGACGAUGCAAUUCUACUACAUUCGCGACCGAGUCUACAAGAAAAUCUCUACUUGGGACCACAAAUUCUUCUCCUCCGGCGGCAAAGAGGUGCUUAUUAAAUCGGUCAUCCAAUCGAUCCCGACUUAUGCCAUGUCUUGCUUUCGCCUCCCCGCGGACAUUUGUUACGAUAUUGAGAGAUGUUGCGCGAACUUUUGGUGGGGAGAUACUGAGCAGGAGCGCUACAUGCACUGGACUAAGUGGAAGUAUUUUUGUAAGCCCAAGUCGAGAGGGGGUCUUGGUUUCAGACAGCUUAUCCCGUUUAACCAAGCACUCUUGGCUAAGCAAGCUUGGCGCAUCCUUAAAAAUAUGGGAUCCCUUCUUGCGCGAGUUCUUAAACACCGCUACUUCAGAGAGGGAGACCUCUUGACGGCAAAGGGCCGGGACCUUCUGGCGUGGGGUAAUCGAUGGAAAGUUGGAGAUGGGCUUAAUAUUAAGGCUUUUAAGGCUCGAUGGAUUCUGGGGCGAGAUAUUUGGAGCUGCCCCUCAGACCACGCUGACUCCCAAGAUCUUACAGUAGCCGAUUUUAUUGAGAGAGAGAAUACAUGGGACAGCGGUAAGCUCAAGUCUUUCUUCCCGCCGUUUAUUUGUGAUGAUAUCGCUUCUAUUCAGUUGUCGGGAGAAGCCAGGGAGGACAGAUGCUAUUGGUCAUUUGAUGAAAGAGAGAGAUAUGUGGUGAAAUCCAGCUACCUUAGCGCUACAAAUUUUUACGAGCCACACUCCUCGGCUUCGACGUUCCAUAAUAGCCCCUGGUGGAAACGGUUCUGGGCACUCCAAAUCCUUCCAAAGAUCAAACAUUUCGCAUGGAAGGCUUUGAAUAACUUUCUAGCGAUGGACGGCAACCUCGCGAGACAUCACGUCCCGGUCUCAGACUUUGGCUCACGUGGCGGCACCUCUGCGAUAUCAAACACAACCAAUCAUAGGCGUCGGAGAGACUGGACUUGGUUCAAGGGGACCGCCUUCUCGCCGCUUACCAGAAGGCGCGGCGCAGCGUGCUCAUCACUCAACAGGCCCUUCCCAAGGAGGGAUCCGACUCAUGGUACCCCCCUUCCUAAUGAAGUUUUAAGGUUGGAUGUCGAUGUUGCUCAUUGUGAUGAGGGGCGUAAGGUGGGUGUUGGUUUUCUACUCCGAAAUUCCUCGGGCUCUAUCAUCGCUGCUGGCUGCCAACCGAUUGGUUUCACCGAGACAGUUAUUCUUAGAGAGCUCCACGCUAUGUUGAUCGCCAUUGGUUUCUGUCUGGAGCACGAUUUUGGGUCGGUUGUCCUCUAUUCCGACUCUCUUUUGGCUAUUCACCUCCUACAAGAGACGCACCAUGGUUCAGACUCUUUAUGUGAUGACUUGUGGGAGGCGUUCCAGCAUGUUCGCCAUCAUGUGGUUUUGGAGUUUUUUCACGCUAGACGUGAAGCUAAUAGAGCAGCGCAUGAGCUCGCUCGUUUUUCCGUUUCUUGUCAGGAUGUAAUGAUCUGGAAGUCGGAUUUUCCUAUCUGGCUUCGAGAUUUUGCCUUUUUCGAUAUUGAGUAA